CAAAGAUUAGCGCAGAGACUAUGCAUCACGGAGGUGACUCAUUCAAGAUCUAUCUCCGUCCGAUUUCCAUGCGAAGGGUCAGAUAUUAUAUUGCAUCUGGAAUCUAGAUCCGCUGCUGCCUCAGAUUGUCGCGUUCAAUUGGUCGUUUCAGUCGAUAAUGUUUCCGAAUCGGUCGAGUCUGCCUUCUUGACUGAAUGGGAUGAAAACAUUUUAUGCUUCUGCGCGAUUUCUGGCCGCGUCAGGGGUAUGACAUACAUGUAUCCUGCAGGAUAUUUACCUCAUCGACUGACGUCUACCAGUAUCCCCGCCUUCACGAUGCUGAGUGUAACGGAAACCGAGAUAGUCCAUAGCUUCUCCUGCGAAGCUUGACACCAGCUGUAUCAACCAUCUCAAUGCUGAGAGAGCCUACCGAGUGAUCAUGAGGAUCAAAUCAUCGAAGCGGAGAGUUUGCACGUGAUCAGAUUUUCAAAGACAGAUUUUGUUGUGACGCUCUGCGUUCGUGACACCUACGUUCUUGAAAAAGCGUGAGACCUGCGAGGGUCUCCGGAGCCUCAAGGCCGCUCUAAUCUGCUCUACCACUCUCAUGCACGGUGGGAUCGGAGGGACCAAACGUCCACUAGCUCGGCGGAACGUCCAGCAAGAGUUAUUAGUCUUCCCGGGGUGGCAAGUUGCGUGUGAGCGGUCUUGGCUGGGAAGUUUAUUCACUUCUCUCGACGUUAUCGUUGUGGCGGGCCCACAUAAAGGCCGGCCACCAGACCGACGGUGUCAAAACGAUGCGCUUCAAUUUGCUUCCGGGCAUCUUCUCCCUGUUCCUUGCGCUUCCAGUCGUCGCAUCGGCCCUCCUCAGCAUCAACCCCAACCCCGAUGUGCUUCUCUCGCCGGAGUCCCUGCCGCGUCAGCUCCCUAGGACCAACGCGGAACGUCUGAGGCUGCGACUGCCCUUGAUGAAGCCCGGGCGCAAGCUGCAAGGUCUGGGCUCCCCUGUCAAAAAGAUGAUCGAGGAAGCAGCUCCUCCCCGUCCGUCCAGUGCGCCCAUCCCGCUGUGCGUGUCCCUACUCGCAUCACUCGUCCGUUUGCCCUUGACUGUGCUCAUUGGCAGACAAACGUGCGCGAUUUCUGUGUCCAUUGGCGGCACAUUGCGUGGUUUCCUGGCCCCCACACUGAACCCAUUCGGAGAGUUCAACGCCAUACAGCAGGACCGAGCCGGCGCGCUGCUGGUCAGGUUUCCCUACACGCCUGGGACGGGGAAUGUGUCGGAGGUCGACUUGCAGAUGCUGAAUGGCCCGGCGGGUGGUUUCAAAGAGAUGUACCUCGGGCUCGGUAAUCCGUCCCUCCCUUUCCCGGACCGUUCGCACUGUCUGAUCUGCUGCAGUUGUUGGAUACAGUGAUACCAACAACACGCUCGGACCCGGAUCCCGAAAGUACGCAGAUCCUGCCGAGUUCACGCAGAUCCUCGCGUUGUGUAACUGUCAUUGCACAGCUAUGUGUACCUUUCUGCGACGUCGCAGACCCAGCCGGGCGGUGCGCCCAGUCUGGGCGAGUCGACGAUCAACUCGUUCUCCAUGCGGACGGGCAUCGCGGAGGCCGUCGAGUCGGCCGUCUGGCAGUACUGCCCUGUUUCACAGGAUCUGCGCGCGUUUUGGGAGAACGACGGCGCGCAGACGGUGCCUCUGAAAGCGGUGUUCAAGGCUGACAGUGAUGCUGCUUUCGUCCUGACAGGUGACCUAGUCGCGUGGCGGAAAGCGUUUGGGUUCUUUCCUGAGGCGACGUUUCGGUGCGUUUCGGUAGCGGGCUGAGCAGGCACGCUCGUUACAGAAGAUUAAUGCAGCGCCAUUGACACCGACAUCGACAGCGAUGGGAGUGGCUCUAGACUAUGGAAGGACUACAGACUUGAUUGCCGGGGUGCUAUCCGAUAUCCUCCUGCGGAAUACCCACUAGAUUCUACAGCUUGUUAAGCCUCUCUUCGUGCUUGCCAGACCGCACAGAAGCGGUCAUCUGGUGCGCCAACUCAGGAAUAUGAUUACCGGACACGAACUGCCAGCCAUUUUGGAUCAGAAUGCCGGGUGCCGAGGCAAUGGGCAGGCCAUGCCUGCCACAUCCAUUCCAGGUACAGCAGUUGUCUUACGUAACAUUCCUUCUGCCAAACGUGCGAAGCCAAAGUCGAGGUUAAGGCGGAGAUGAGAAGUUGCCGCGCUCCCACCCUGCUCCGUCUCGCCAUGUCGUCGUCCUCGUCCACCGCCCGGGAGCUUCUUGCGGUCAACCUGGCCGCGCUGACAUGCUCGUCCUUGUUCUACGGCAUGUUCCUGGUGCUGUUCGUGACCUCGCUGUAUCUCCUGGUCGCACGGUACCUGGCGGUGAGGCGGUCGAGAAAAGUGCACAGUCCUCCGUCUCUGUUCCGCUCGACUGUCUUCAUCGCGGCGAUCUUGAUGUGGUUCGCCGUCACUGCACACUGGAUCACGACGGUCUACCGCGCGUUCCUCGCGUUCAUCUAUUUUGAUAACGGCCAGGCGGCGAUCCAGUUUUAUCUUGAUGCAACACACACGACGGAUAUAAUGCAAUCAAGCUUCCUGAUGUUCUCGAUUCUAAUGGGCGACUCGUUAAUCAUUCACCGGCUCUGGGUCGUCUGGGAGCGCCGUGUUUCAGUCGUCCUGUUUCCGAUAUGCAGCUUGAUCGCGCUGACGACAUGCAGUGCCGUUUCGUUGUAUACUGUGAGCAGGAAGAACACUAAAGAGGACAUCUUCUCCAAUCCGUGGCUGACGAGCAACUGCGUCCUUACUCUCGUAACGAACGUCUACUGCACUGCUUUCAUCACGUACAAAAUCUGGAACAUCACGCGCGUUGUCAGACCGGUGGGAGGGUCCAGUCUUCGUGAAUUCUUGGUCAUCGUGAUGGAGUCCGCGGCAAUUUACGCUUCGUGGGCGAUCCUGUUCACAGCGACGUACAAAACACGCUCGCUGCUGCAGUUCCUCGUGAUCCAGUGCGCACCAGAAGUCGUCGGCAUCGUCAACGCGCUGAUCCACACGCGCGUGGGGCUCGGCUGGGCCGUGGAAGCCGUCACGCCGCUCGACGGGCCGUCCGAGAAGCUCGCAUUCGCACAGCGCUUUCCGACGCUGGGGCACACGACUGUGAGCGAGACGCUCAAUGGCGCGGGGAUCGGCAGCCUCGACUUGACCGCGGCCGGUCCCGGCGUGGAGUGGGCUGCGGGGUCGCCGGACAUGGCUGUGGGCGGUGGCGGGCGAUGGGGGCAGGAAAAGCUGCCGGCCCUGUCCGGUUCGAAUUGGGAUCAGCGGUCUGACUCGAAAGACUCCGAGGAGGACUUGGGAGAGCUGUCUAGCGUGGAUAGACGCAGGGGUUCGACGUUUGACAGCUCUGUGGGCCACUCUACGUACCGGUCUGCUCUGGAAAGCCCAGUGUAGAGCUAUGUUACCUUGUAAACUAAAUACCCGUAUAUAUGUACAGGGAGUCUUUGCGCCGAUCAGGGAUUGAACUGAUUGGUGUAUAACUCGUCGUUGACCGGUCGACGGUUCUGGAACUUGACUCUAUCACUUGGUGCUUAACUUUCCUUC